AUGUCUUUCGAGAACCGGUACCAGUUCACCCAGGAGGGGGACAUUUCUUCUCUGAGCUCCGUCAGCAGCAAUCUCUCUGACCCCUUCAUCACUGAGUCCAUAACUACGACCAGUAACAAACCGAAAAUUAUCCCCGAGCUUGAUGACGAAGAGCGAGCCGAGCUCAUAGGCAAGAUCAGUGCCCGCCAGGACAUCGUGGACUCGAUCACUUGGGCUCUUCUAUGGCUUGCAGACAUUGAGAGAUUGAGAGUACUUGUCGCCUUAGAGCCUAGGUUCCUUGACCGAGCUCUACUAGCCAAUGAGAACAAGUGUAGGGUCCUGGCCUGGGCUACUCGAACACGAUCGAACGACGACGAUGUUACGGACCCAAAUGCCGACGCCUCGAUCAACCCAGGUCCGAGCAAUAAGAGGAGGAAGAAGAACCCGGACGACAAGGAGAGAAACUCGAAAUUACCCAAAAUGACCAACGAGCGCGAUGGGGGAUGUGUUCUUACCAGAGCUGAUGAGGCCCUUGAGGGUGCCCACAUAUACCCCUUCAGUCUAACAAACCAGCCAAAGAGAGACCAAAAGAACUUCUGGUCCAUGUUGAGCUAUUUUUGGUCACCGGACAAGGUUGACAAAUGGAAGAAGGAGAUCAUGGGCGAAGCCGGCACCGAGUUUCUCGGUAACAUGAUCUGUCUAAACAAGUAUGCCCAUGGCCUCUGGGGGAAAGCUCGCUUCGUCUUGGAACCCCUGGAGCUCUCGGAGGACAAAUGCUCCUUGCCCGUUCGCUUUUGGUGGCUGCCUAUCCGGCGUUACUCCGAGAAAGUCCCGAUAAACACGCCUCCGUCAAUAUCCUCCAGUAUGACCCAAACCGGAACAGCGACGAAGCUUUGGAAUCAUCUUACAGAGCAAAAGCUAUGCUCAGGCGACGAAAUUCUUCUGACCACUCCUGAUGCGGCCGAAUACCCAUUGCCCUCCGUCGAGCUACUCAGAAUGUCCUGGAAUCUCACGCGAGUGCUCGCAAUGAGCGGCGCCGCUGAUAUUCUGCCAGACGCUGAGGACAGCGAUUCCGAGGACGACUCGGAUGUGGAGGAAGCAGUCAUGGUAGAUGUCCCUGAAGCUUCUCUUGUCGAGCAGCCGCGGGGACGCUUGCAACACCGGCAGUCUCCUAGAAGAGGGAUUGUGAACAUGCCUCCUGCUCGUUCAUCGUCAAGGGGAUCCACGGAAACUGCGCCUCUGGCUUUGCGGCCAAGGGGUACUUCCAAGUAG